AUGGCUGCUGUUUUUGCAUAUCUUCAUUUAUGGCUGUUUUCAUGCCUGACUGUGAUUCCCAUCGCAAAGGCUCAAGAUCCUGACCAAUUCAUUUAUAAUCAUGGCUUCGGUCAUGCUAAUUUGCAACUUGACGGAAGUGCCAAAAUCUUCUCCAGUGGUCUGUUGCAGCUCACCAACACUUCAAGACUGCAAAUCGGCCAUGCUUUCUAUCCAUCUCCUGUGAACUUCACCAUUUCCUCUUCAUCAACUUCGGCUCCAUCUCUUUCGUUCUCCACCAACUUCGUCAUAGCCAUCGUUCCUGAAACGAAAGAAGCUGGUGGCCAUGGCAUUGCCUUUGUCAUAGCAGAAUCCACGGAUUUCAGGCAUGCUGCUGCAUCUCAAUAUCUAGGACUCGUUAAUGAGUCCACCAAUGGGAACUCCUCCAACCAUUUCUUUGCUGUUGAGUUUGAUACCAUCUUCAGUCUUCCCUCAGAUAAAAUAGAUGACAGUCAUGUAGGAAUCGAUCUCAAUGGCGUGAAAUCGUACCAAUCCGCUGCAUCAGCUUAUUUUUCCAAUGAAGAAAGGAAGAAUAUAAGCUUGGAACUCAAAAGCGGACAACCGAUACAGGUGUGGAUAGAAUACGUUGGCGAGGAAGAACUACUCAAUGUAACCUUGGCACCAGAGAACAGCCCGAAACCGAACCAGCCUCUCUUUUCAACAUCAAUCAACCUCUCCGAAAUUCUAAUGGAUACCAUGUAUGUAGGUUUCUCUGCUGCAACAGGUUCAGUACUUCAAAGUUGUAGCCAUUAUAUUAUGGGAUGGAGCUUCAAUAGAAGUGGAGAAGCACAAAGCCUUGAUAUAUCCGAGCUUCCGAAACUUCCUAAAAAUGGUGGACGAAGUAAUACGGUUCAAUUGAUUUUUAUCAUUGCGGCGGUUCUUCUUCUGUUAAUAAUCAUUGGAACAGCAUAUGUUUACAGGAGGAAGAAAUAUGAACAAUUAAAAGAAGACUGGGAGAAGGAAUAUGGGCCUCAAAGGUUCUCUUACAAGACACUGUACAUAGCAACCAAAGGGUUCAAAGACAAGCAACUCCUAGGGUCCGGAGGUUUCGGGAAAGUUUAUAAAGGUACACUUCCAUAUUCCACUGAACAAAUUGCAGUGAAGAAAGUAUCCCAUGAAACAGAUCAAGGGAUGAAGGAGUUUGUUUCAGAGAUUGUUAGCAUGGGAAGGCUAAGGCAUAAGAACUUGGUGCGGCUUCUCGGGUACUGCAGGCGUAAGAAAGAGCUCCUUUUGGUCUAUGACCAUAUGGAAAAUGGAAGCCUUGACAAGUUCCUUUUCAACCAUGACAAACCGAACCUUAAUUGGUUUCAAAGGUUUCGAAUCAUCGAAGGGGUGGCAUCGGCUCUUCUUUAUCUCCAUGAAGACUGGGAACAGGUUGUUCUUCAUCGAGACAUCAAAGCCAGCAACGUCCUUUUGGAUUCUGAUCUAAACGGACGGCUCGCAGAUUUCGGUCUUGCCAGAUUGUAUGAUCGUGAUGGCGAUCCACAAACGACUCGCCUGGUCGGGACGUUAGGAUAUUUGGAUCCGGAACUCACCCGAACCGGAAAGGCCACCAAAACUGCCGAUAUGUUUGCUUUUGGGGCUUUUCUGCUAGAGGUGGCUUGCGGGAGGAAGCCAUUUGAUCCUAAUAAACCACCAGAAGAUAUUUUUCUAGUCGAUACAGUCAAAAGGUGCUGGAAAAGGGAUGCCAUUAUUGAUGCUAUUGAUCCAAGAUUACAAGGCAAUUAUGUGGUGGAGGAGAUGGAGAAAGUUCUGAAACUAGGCCUACUUUGUUCCAGCCCAAAACCAGAUUUGAGACCCACCAUUAAAGAAGUGGUGCAAUAUCUCGAAGGCAAUGCUAGCUUGCCUGAUAUACAACUUGACACUAUCCAAAAUAUACCAUCUUCUAUCCUUGAAAACGUAUCUCAGAGUACUGAAAUUAACAUAUCUACAGCAAAUAACAUAGCAUCUGAUUGUAUAAUUUCGUUUUCUUCAGUUGGGCAGGGUCUUUCUCUGAAUUCCUUGUCCAGUACAGAUUCAAUUCUUCAUACGGGUUGCUGA